AUGGGCUCACCACGGAUGAAGCUCUUGAGGAGAGCCUAUCUCGCAUGCAGGCCUUCAUCGGAACUGCGCCAGAUUCUAAAUGGUUUCGAUGAGAAAGAAAUUCCAAGCGAAUGUGCCAUUGUGGAGCAAGUGAUCCGGAAUGCAGUGUCCACGAAAUAUCCUGCGAGCAACUCUUACCGGCUAAAAGUUCUGAAACUUCUGAUAUCUUUCUUGGAAUCACACGCUGAACUCGAGGAUCAUCUCUACGAUGAACUAAGGGCGGUCAUGACGAGCGCGAUUGAGAGGCCAAGCUACGUCAGCUACGAAGUUGGCGAUGAGGAACUAGAAUGCGUGACCUUGAUCGAAGAGCGCGCCUUCGUGACGCAGGGGUCCACUGGCUUCAAGAGCUGGCCAGCAGCAAAAAUGCUCACCGAGGUAUUGCUCAACCAGAACCUCGACAGGAAACGAAUCGUUGAACUCGGCGCGGGUGUGGGAUUGACAGGUCUGAUAUUGCUGAGAAAAUGUCCGAGUAUACAGUCGUACAUCUUCACAGAUUGUCACGCGGGAGUCUUGGACACCUUGAGACAGAAUAUCGAUCUGAAUUUGAACGCGAACGAUGCGAGACCUCAGGUGCAACUGUUAGAUUGGUGCGUCGGAGGAUCGAUAGAGGCCGAUCUCAUUGUAGGGGCAGACAUAGUUUUCGACAAAGACAUCGUUCCAUUCUUGGUUGAUUUAAUUGUUCGAGCCAUCCAUCGGAACUCUUGUGACGCGAUCAUCUCAAGUGUUAUCAGGAACGAGGAAACAUACCAGCUGUUCUACGAGACUGUGCGGAAAGAACUCCGCUGCGAAAAGUUACGCCUUAGCGACACAAGGUAUUUCGAAGAAAUUCCCGACAAAUACGAAAUAAUAAAAUUAUCAAGAAAGCCCUGA